AUGUCACAGUCGGUGGAUCUAGACAACCUGUUCACCAGAGAGCUAGAGAAGAAUGACGGCUCCGUACUCUGUAUUAACCAGUCUGUGGUGGGUGAUGUCGGCUGCGUGGUGUGGGACGCCGCCAUAGCUCUAACUCUCUACCUGGAGACUCCAGAUUUCCAGGAGACUCCUGGGAGUAACAAACUGAGAGGGAAGAAUGUUUUGGAGCUUGGAGCUGGGACAGGCAUUGUUGGAAUACAGGCCGCAUGUCUUGGUGCCAAUUCCAUAAUCACAGAUCUUAAAGACUUUGUUCCACUGAUGGCUUUGAACAUCAGGGUGAACCAGGCCCUGAUCACAGGUAGUGCCAUAGCCAGAGAACUCAGGUGGGGAACAGAUGUGACAGACUACCAGCCGCCUGAUUACAUACUGAUUGCUGACUGUGUGUAUUAUGAGGAGGCUGUAGGACCUCUAGUCCAGACUAUAACUGACCUGUGCGAUGACCACACGGUGGUCAUUUGCUCCUAUGAGGAGAGAACAACUGGAAAUAAACCCGAGCUGCAAAAGAAAUUCUUUGAAUUGGUAGAGAAAGUGUUUCAUGUGGAGGAGAUACCUUUGGAGCGCCAUGAUCCUGUUUACAGGAGUGAAGAUAUCCACAUCAUGAAAUUCAUCAUGAAAUAAAACAGUAAUUAUAGCUUGGAAACUGAGUAGCAUAUAUACUUGACCCUGCAUUUGGGAAUGAGGAUAUCUGCAUUAUACAGUAUGAAAUUUGUCCUGAAAAAGAAGGAUGAAUACGACUUGGAAAUUGGUCAGCAUUUAAAUUAAGCCUGUUCCCUGGUUUAGUUGACUAGGAUUUCUACAUGAGUGCUGAACAUUACACUGAUCCUGAUAGGGUAAGAUGUACCCACAUGACCAUGUAACCUUGGUAAUUAAGUUCUUAGCCAGGGAACCGAAGUUAUACAUAUAUAUAUUUUUUUGUGAAAUUGGGGCCUGGAGUUGGGGUUGACACAUUAACUGAAUUUAUUCUUUGUCCGGAACAAAUUCUAUGGAACAGAUUUUUUGCUUGGUAUUAGCUGAAAGUAACAUCUCUUUACUCAAAUCUUAGAACAUUAAAAUUAAAAAUGA